UUAUCUCGAUACAUAUACUGUAGUGGUAUAUUUAUCAAAGUUCUUCCUUAAUAUUCUUUAUAUCACAAGGCAUUUAAUUAGAUCAAACAGUUUCUCUUUUUUUUUUUCAUUUUUUAGUUUAAUCACAAAAAUUGAAUUGCUUAUGGGGGCCGAUAUUUUUGAAUUGAAAGGUAACACUGCAUUAUAUAAUGUUCUAGAAAUUCAGCAGAAUGCUACCGAAAAAGAGAUCCGGCGGUCUUACUAUAGACUUGCUAUGAUUUAUCACCCGGAUAAAAAUCCAGACGGUGAGACUAUUUUCAAGGAAAUAUGCUUUGCAUAUAAUAUUCUUUCUGAUAAGGAAAAACGUGUUAUGUAUGAUAAUCAGACGCUUAGAAAUAAUUUGCUUGAUCGUGCCAAAAAGGAAUACAAUCCUGAAAUGGACCCCAAUGUGGAGUUGAGUCCGGAAGAUUUACGGAAAUUUGUUGAAAAACUUAGAAUGGAGCAGGAGCGCAAAGGAAGAGAUCUUAACGAGUUUGAGCUCCGCCGCGCAGCUGAGAUGCAGCGCCGCUCUGAAUAUGUUCCCAAAUAUUCAGGCUAUGAAUCAUAUUAUGAAACAUCGUUGAAAUUUAGCGAAUUAUCCAAUGUCUGCCACGAUAAGGGUGAUACAAAGGGAGAUACCGAAGUGGUUUCGAAUAUAGUGAGACCUUUCCGUACGACAGCAGAAUUAUUGUCAGGCAUGCAGAAGGAGGAGGAGCAGCGCUUCCAUAGUUUGAAAACGGAUGUUUCCUCAAUUGCAAGUACAAAUUCACAGACAAAUGCCUGUGCGGCAAAGAAAAAAAUGAUGAACGAAUAUCGUGUUUUACAUGACCGCGAGGAACACCCUUCUGGUUGUGUUGUUACUUCCGUGAAUAAGACAUCAGCAAGGAAUCUAGGAUAUGUAGGUGGGAAGGAAUCUCAGCUUUACUACAGUGAUACUAUUGAUCAGAAACUAAAGGCCUAUUCUGAUUUUGACUACCGAAGCUUUGUGGAGAACGGUAUCCAGAAUCGAUCUGUAAUCGAGAGGGCUAUUUUGUCUGAUGCUUUACAACAGUAUGACAGAUACCAUUAAUUGUUAUAUAAGCUUUGUUUCAAAAUUUAACAUACAUUCACUAAAAAACAAUGUAAAUUACUGCUUUCCGUAUAUAUGUGUAUUGGUUAAAAUUGCAACAUUUUCAUGCCCGUAUAUAUAUUAACCUAAAAGGCUCUUGCUCAGGUUGGAAAUGCAAAA